AUGGACCUUUACGCCUAUGCACCUAGUGCAUCCACUGCACUGGUUGCCGCUGCAUUGUUUGGAUUGAGUACAAUAUACCAUCUCUUUAUCAUGAUUCAAAAGAAAACCUACUUUUACUCAGCCAUGGUAGCCGGAGGUGUCAUGAUGACUUCCGGUUAUGUCUUCCGGCAUUUAUCAGCAAACAAUACUUCCUCCAUAUUGCUCUACUCUCUUCAAUCUCUCUUCAUUAUCCUUCCACCUUCUCUCUACGCAGCAACUAUUUACAUGAUAUACGGCCGUAUCGUCUUAUUCGUCAAUGCACCAUCUGCAUCCCUCAUCUCUCCCAAAAAGGUCACCAAACUUUUCGUCGGUGGAGAUGUCAUCUCUUUCCUGAUGCAAGCUGGCGGAGGUGGUAUGAUGGCAACGCCCAGCACGAGUUCACUUGGCGAAAAAGUAAUGAUUGGCGGCCUUCUCGCACAACUUUUUUUCUUCAAUAUCUUCCUCGUUAUCGCCAUUACUUUCGAACGUCGCAUGCGCUCGCAUCCAAGAGCUUUCGAUAUUCCAGCUCGUGGGAAAAAACAUUGGCAUCAAUUGCUCAUGCUCUUGUUCGUAGCUGCGGGCUUGAUCAUUGCUAGAUGUGUAUACAGAGUCAUUGAGUUCUCACAAGGAUCGACAGGGACACUGAUGAGUCAUGAGUAUUUCAUGUACAUCUUGGAUACAGCACCGAUGUUUGCUGUGCAAUGUAUGUUUCAUGUUGUACACGCAGCGAAUGUUUUUGAAGAUGGAGUAGAUCCAAAGAAAGUGGCUAUGAUGAAUGAUGAAUAUAUUGGACUGGGCGGGGUGUAG